AUUGUUUUUAGCCAGAUUUGGUAUAUUGCUCAAGAUGCGCAUCCUGAGAAAUUUACUUCGCGCUCAACGAAUAUCACGCAAAUCUUUCAGCAGUAAUCGUACACAAUUACUAACGUACUCGCAAUUGAAAUUGACGAGGCAAUUCGCAAGUAAGCCGGAUAGAAAACCUGGUAACUGUGAUACAUCUAAAGAGAACGAUGAUAACCUCCCGACCGCUAUUAAUAUGAAAUACAAAGCCUUCCACGACGAGGAUGCAGAUGUUAUUCUGGACGUGAGCGAGGAGAUGCAGAAAAUCAGUCUCGAGGAAAUAAGCAAGCAGGAAAUUCAUGAUCCUUACGCCGAUAUAAAUUUAAGUCAUGGUACUACUGGUGUAUACGAUAUCGAGGAUCUUGUUGCUCUGUUAGAGGGGGAUAAGGCAAACAACAUCUUUGUCGCUAAAGUACCAAAAGAAUAUGCUUAUGUGGACUACAUUGUUGUGGUGACUGGAAAAUCACAAAAGCAUAUGAAUGCUCUUGCUACUUUUGUACGCAAAGUUUAUAAACAAAAGAGAUAUCAGACUGAUUUGAUACCCAAAAUUGAAGGACAAAAUUCGAAAGAUUGGAUAGCUCUAGAUUUAGGAAAUAUUGCUUUACACAUCUUUUCUCUCUCUGCAAGAGAGCAUUAUGAUUUAGAAACUUUAUGGACAGUUGGUUCGCAAUAUGACGAUAAGAGUAACAAGCCUGAGGAAUUAAAUAUUAUGGAUAAAUAUAAUGCCUUCUUGGCUGAUCUUCAUCCAGCUGACAUUGCUUGAUGAUUCGUUCUUUGUACAUUGUAGUAUUAAAUUCUUAUAAGAUAAAU